AUGGAGAACUCGAUCAAACUCGCAGUCACGUUACUGUUAUUUUCUAUGGUACUGUCUUGCAAAUCGCAGGAUAAUAAUGCUCAUAAAACAACUAAAAGGUCUCAUAGUAAGAUAUUUGGAAAACAUCCGAGUAAUGGAUUGAUCACUUUUAAUUCGGAGGACCAAAAACUUCGUAUCGAUUGGGCCGUAACUAUUCCGUUCAUCUCGAUACCAUUCGAUCAUAAAAUAGGAGAGCACGGAGAAGUCUCGCCGUUGUUGAACGUUAACACGAAAGCCCUUGGAAUCGUUGGAUUAAUGACCACCUUGUUCACCGUAGUUUCGCCAUUAUUCUCGAAGAAACAUCAUCAGUUUAAUUAUCGCUCCGAGGAUAACACACAAUGGUUGCAAAUGGGAAACACCAUCAACGAGAUGAUUUUUGGCAAUAAUUACGUGGCCCCGUGUAUGCAACGUAUCGUUUGUUCGGUCGUUUCUGUGGCUAUGAAUACGGACAAUCCGACGAGUACGGAUAAAAUAAUAGAUGGCUUAUCGAGUCACAAAUGGUUCAAAGAUGUAACAAAUGGCACGAUCAUUCAAGACGCUGUGGUUGCCGCACGAAAGGGAAAUCAUAAUUGCGCUCACAUUUACAAGGAGUGCUCGAUAACGCCGAAACUCCUAAACACCAUGAUGAACGAAUUCGGUAUAGUGUGACGAUGUAACAAUGUAGAUA